AUGGUUUAUUUACCGCCGUACACCGUACGCAUUCAUACUUUUGGACUUCAUCAAUGUCACAUUUUGUCUUCACAUCUUGAAGUCGCUACGAUUACCCAGCGUGAAGCGCUGAUGCUAUGCAUGUUCGUUUACGAUGUGGUGAUGGUAUUCGUUACCCCAUUCCUCACUCGUAGUGGUUGCUCUGUGAUGGUGGAAGUGGCAGCAGGUACUAUUUGCUCAAGCAGCGGUAAUGAUGGUUACCCUAUGCUCCCUUUUCCCAUGUUAAUGCAAGUGCCACACUUUGAUCCGAUGAUAUCAUGUGUUGAUCUAGAUAUUGAGAAAGGCUUCCACAUGAUAAUGCUUGGCCUAGGCGACAUUAUUAUACCAGCUAAAGAGUUUACAUGUCUUGGAAAUUUUUUGCAACCAGUGCCCCGCAUUGAUAUUGUUGUGGGACGAGGAAUGUGUGAUUAUGCUUAG